AUAUACACUUCUUGCCAACUCAUUGAAUUUGAUUUGAUAGGACUAAUCGCAUUCCUUCUUAAAUUGUUUUCCUUAGUAUUAUUCUUACACUAAAAAGUUAAAAUCAUACACACAUAACUUCCUUUCCAUACCGCAUUCCCACUCCCUCUUAACCACCACACCAAACUUCUCUUCGUCAGUUCGUCAAUCUACAUAUCUCUGAGCUUUUCUCCAUUCGUUAAAAUGGCCAUUCAGGCUGAUUAUGGGCUUCUAUGGAACAAUGUUGCAUCUGCCGGAGGGGCUAAUGCUUCCUGUUUCAGUCCUCCUCCUCUCCCUCAACAUCUUCACUUUCAACUCAUGGAUUUACCCCUUAAUUUCGCCAUCACCGAGUUUGACAAGCAGAAAUGGGAUACAGAUCGAUUCAUCUAUUCACAGAACGAAAGGUUGAAGGCUAUUCUAGAAGAACAGAGGAAGGAACAGCUGAUACUGAUCUUAAGAAAAUUUGAAGCGAAAACUAAAGGUCUAUUCGAACAGAAGGAUGAAGAGAUAGCAGCGGCGAUGAAGAGGACGGCGGCGCUUGAAGCCAUACUGAAACGGCUGGAGAUUGAGAAGCAGACGUGGCAGAUGGCGGCGAAGGAGAGGGAAGCAACGGCGUCGUUUCUCGUAGGCAAGUUUGAGCGCUUGAGAGAGAGCAUGUGGAAUUCGUCGGGAAAUAAUAGUGCGGAAGAUGCGACUUCAUCAUGCGGUGGUCGUCGUCGGCGGCACCACGGUGACGGCGAUCAUCAUAAUUUGUUGAAUUCAUCGUCGGUGGAAGAUAAAGGGAGAAUGAUGAUCUGCAAAAGGUGCAAUGUGCAGGGAUCGUGCCUAGUGUUUUUGCCGUGCAGGCACCUCUGUUCAUGCAAAUCGUGCGAGGCCUUGCUUGAUUCCUGCCCCAUCUGCAAAGUCCCUAAGAAAGCUUGUAUCGAAGCCUACCUCUGAUAUAAUCAUUUUACUCACAAGUAAAAUACGAGUAAUUGAUUAUUUUAAGCAAAACUUACUCCGUAUAUUUUCAUCUCUCCUUGUAAGUGUAAAAUUUCACUUUCCAUUGUUGUCACUUCUAAUUCUUGUUCGCAAGUGACACAAUUAAUACUCCGUAUUUGUGAUGUUAAGACUCGUCUAAGGUAAGAGAAUAAUUUAUUCUUAUUCGCGAUCUCCCUACGUCAUAAAUAGCACAGCUCAAGUCAUUAAAUCGUCCUUAAAAUUCUCCCUCCAUCCCACUCAGAAAUUCCCGCUUUCCUUUUCAGCAUUCCAAAAAAGAAGUUCCCAUUCCAUUAAAUGACAAGUUAUCUACAUCAAAACAGUAUCAAACAGUGUCAAAAUAGUAACCCUAUUUAGUUUAUUUCUUAAUAUGUGUGUAAGUCAAACUGGGAACUUCUUACUGGAAUGGAGGUAGUACGAGAAAACUCUCCGCAUCGAUGUAAUGACUUCUGUAAAACUUUGUCUUUUCAUUUGUCCAAAAAAAACUCAUCAAUUUCUAAU